AUGGAGGUUCUGAUUCGUCGAGCGGACUUAGACGCCAAGGCCGUGGGUGCCUAUCCGGAGCAGCAGCUACCGCCAUUGGUGUUUAUCCAUGGAAGCUACCACGCCGCGUGGUGCUGGGCUGAUAAGUGGAUGCCGUAUUUGUCGGCGCUGGGAUUUGACUGCUUCGCUAUAAGCAUCCUCGGUCAGGGUGGAAGCGACGUGCCUAACGCUCCUGUGGCUGGGACCAUUCAGUCCCACGCUGCUGACGUGUCAAACGUUAUCCGCCAGCUCGUCGGCCGGCCGCCAGUCUUAGUUGGACACUCGUUCGGUGGGCUGAUUGUGCAGGCGUAUCUUGCUGACGUGGCAAAGGACUGGGAGAGCAGCAAGGAUGGUGGGUGGUUAUUUGCUGACAGUGCCGUGCCACUUGUGCAUGCACCCCACCCUAUUGCCCCAACUCAUCCCCCUCCUCCCCACCCCGUCCCUCUUCUUUAUCUCUCCCCUCCCUUAUCUCUCCCCUCCCUUAUCUCUCCCCUCCCUUAUCUCUCCCCUCCCUUAUUUCUCCCCUCCCUUAUCUCUCCCCUCCCUGAUCUCUCCCCUCCCUUAUCUCUCCCCUCCCUCAUCUCUCCCCUCCCUUAUCUCUCCCCUCCCUUAUCUCUCCCCUCCCCGCACAAACCCCAUCCCAGGGAACUUGUGAAGCGCUACAGCGCACACGCCCCAUCCUGCUGCUCUUACCCAUCUUCCUUCCUCUCCCCACCCCCUCGUCCCCCCUCUUGUCUCCUGGGGAGCUGGGAGCUAGUGAAGCGCUACAUGCGCACGCGCCCCAUGCUGUCCAUCAAGAUCACCCUCAGCCUCGCAGCCAAGCUCUUCCGCUCCUCGCUCUCCCUCUGCCGCGACUCCUUCUUCUCCCCCGCCCUCCCCGAGGCCGACGUGAAGCGCUACCAGGCACUUCUCUCCGACAGCAGCAAGCUGCCCCUGUUCGACCUCAGGCUGCUGAAUGCGUCGCUCCCCGUGGCCAAGCCGCCGGCCUACUGCCCGCCUGUCAUGGUGCUGGGUGCUGCUGAUGACGUCAUUGUGGACGACCAGGGCGUGAAAGAAACAGCCGAGUUCUUCAGCACGGAAACAGUGGUGCUUGCAGGCAUGCCGCAUGACAUCAUGCUGGACCUGGGAUGGAAGGACGUUCCGUGCACUUGUUUCUUCAUGCCCUCAUUCCUCCAUCCCUCCAACCCCACUAACCAGGACGACCAGGGCGUGAAAGAAACAGCCGAGUUCUUCAGCACAGAAGCAGUGGUUCUGCCAGGCAUGCCGCACGACAUCAUGCUGGACCUGGGAUGGAAGGACGCUGCUGAUGCCAUGCUGCAGUGGCUCGCAAGCCAUGGGGCCAUCCCCAAGCAAUGA